AUGGGGCUAUUAUCUUGGAUAGCAGUGAAAGGUGCUGAUGUACAGGAAGUAGGAUUUAAUCACGAAGAACUAGGACAUUCAGUCAAAAAUAUCUCCAACAUAAAACGAAUAAAGGAUAAAAAGCAACUACCACUUUUCCACGUAGAAUUGGUUGCUAAUGCAAACAAUAAAGACAUUUAUAAAGUCAAUAAACUACUUAACUCAAUAGUUGAAGUUGAACCACCACAUCCCAAAAGAGAAAUCACAAAUAUUGCAACAGAAUGCCACGAUACGUAA